AUGGCCCCUGUUGAGAACAUUCAUAUACCCCCCAAUGCCCCCCCGGAACCAGGUCCUAUCUACUCAGACUUCUUCCAACAGCAAGUAGCAAAACAACGAAACAAUAACUAUCACUCUACUUCGCUAAGAAACAUGGUUGCCACUUCUGUGAAUCGUACUGCCCUGCACCCUGGUGGUGUCCAACCGGGCAAGGGUCACACUGAGCUUGAGGAAGAGCUUCACGAACACGCCCACAUUGACUACGAGCGUGUUGCCAUUAUUGCCAACCCCUCGGUUGCUGCCCUCUAUGAAGAUGCCCUGGUCUACGAGACCGGUACCGCCAUUACGUCGAGUGGCGCCUUGACGGCGUACUCCGGUGCUAAGACUGGCCGCUCCCCCUCAGACAAGCGUGUUGUCAAGGAGGAAUCGUCAGAGAAGGACGUCUGGUGGGGACCUGUUAACAAGCCCAUGACUCCUGAUGUCUGGCGGAUCAACCGUGAGCGUGCCGUUGACUACCUCAACACUCGCAACCGUAUCUAUGUCAUUGAUGGUUUCGCCGGCUGGGACGAGAGAUACCGGAUCAGCGUCCGUGUCGUCUGCGCCCGUGCCUACCAUGCUCUGUUCAUGCGCAACAUGCUCAUCCGUCCUUCGGCGGAGGAGCUGCAGCACUUCCACCCCGACUACGUGAUCUACAACGCCGGUUCUUUCCCUGCCAACCGCUUCACCGAGGGUAUGACCUCUGCCACGUCGGUUGCCAUCAACUUCGCCGAGAAGGAGAUGGUCAUCCUGGGUACCGAGUACGCCGGAGAGAUGAAGAAGGGUGUCUUCACCAUCCUCUUCUACGAGAUGCCCGUUAAGCACAACGUCCUGACUCUGCACUCGUCCGCCAACGAGGGCCAGAACGGCGAUGUCACCGUUUUCUUCGGUCUGUCGGGAACCGGCAAGACCACUCUGUCUGCCGACCCCAAGCGUGCCCUGAUCGGUGAUGACGAGCACUGCUGGACCGACACCGGUGUCUUCAACAUCGAGGGUGGAUGCUACGCCAAGUGCAUUGGUCUCUCCGCCGAGAAGGAGCCCGAUAUCUACAACGCCAUCCGCUUCGGAUCCGUCCUGGAGAACGUCGUCUUCGACCCCAUCAGCCGUAUGGUCAACUACGACGACUCGACCCUGACCGAGAACACUCGCUGCGCCUACCCCAUUGAAUACAUUGAGAACGCCAAGAUCCCCUGUAUCUCGGACAAGCACCCCCAGAACAUCAUCCUCCUCACCUGCGACGCCCGUGGUGUGCUGCCCCCCAUCUCCAAGCUCACCACCGAGCAGACCAUGUUCCACUUCAUCUCGGGAUACACCUCCAAGAUGGCCGGUACCGAGGACGGUGUGACCGAGCCCCAGGCUACCUUCUCGUCCUGCUUCGCGCAGCCCUUCCUGGCCCUGCACCCCAUGCGGUACGCGCGCAUGCUCGCGGACAAGAUCUCGCAGCACAAGGCCAACGCCUGGCUGUUGAACACCGGCUGGGUUGGCGCUGGCGCCACCACCGGCGGCAAGCGCUGCCCCCUGAAGUACACCCGGGCCAUCCUGGACGCCAUCCACAACGGCGAGCUGGCCAACGCGCAGUACGAGACCUACGACGUCUUCAACCUGCACGUGCCCACCAGCUGCCCCGGCGUGCCCUCGGAGCUGCUGAACCCCAAGAACAGCUGGACCGCCUCGACCAGCUUCAAGGACGAGGUCAACAAGCUGGCCGGUCUCUUCAACGAGAACUUCACCAAGUACUCGGACCAAGCGACCAAGGAGGUGAUUGCCGCCGGCCCGGUGCCUCAAUAG